AUGCCUUCGCUCCCCGCGUUUUUGUCUCGUUCGGUGCCAGCGUCCAGCAGCAGCAGCAGCGGCGUGAUCACUAAUGCGCCUGUGAUUCCCAGCACCCGCCUGGGUCCUGCUGCUGAUCUGCUGGAGACUGAAUUGCUUAGAAUGUACUGGGAAGGAGUCGAGCGCGAGCUGCCUUAUUUGCUAUUGACAUUCGGGCGCUGGCAAUCACAUCCAGACACAUCGGAUUUUCUUCCAGAGGAAGAGGAUGAUUUUAUUUACGGUUACGAUACGUUUCUCGAUUCCGUUUCCGAUAUUUCUCGCCAGUUUCAUGAACGCAACAAGAGGAACCAACGAUCAAAACGGCCACAGAAGAAAGCGAAAAAAGACACAAAAGCACCACCUUCAUACGAUGAAGUUCUACGAGACCGUGGCUGGGACAUCUUCGCCGACAUAAAGAGCAACAGCAUCAAGGGCGGUAUAAGAGCCUCUCUCAGCGAGCGCAAACUACUGGACCCAGGUAGACGAAGAGCCCGCAUGCUUCUACAAUCAGCGCAGUUCCUCGACAUCGACAAAAUUAUUGAGCAUCGCGAACCGGAACAGGCACUAUCGUUCUGGAAAAGACCUGCUUCUGCUCAAAUUCGGCUCUGGUCAUAUGACGAUUUAAACCAGCCGGUGUUCGUCCCCCAGCUCUGCUCCGAAUGCAAGGCGACAAUUCGGGGAUGCACCUUUCAGGACACCAGCGACGAAAGCAUUGUCAUAUGCGAAAGCUGUUACCGAGCGACGCAUUAUGGUCAAAUGCGCUUUGCCAAGAAAUACAAAGAAUGCUGUCUUCCUACGGCCUUGACGCCAGAGAUCAGUCGCAAGUUGUGCUAUUGCAGUACAGUUCGUCGACGAGACCAAGAUGGACGCUCUCGGUCGCUGUGGCCGAUUGAUCCUACGCGCGACGGCCACCACAUCAAAGGUGGGCUUGGUCGUGUAGGCUGCGGAUUGUACACAGUCACAGAUCUCUUUGCAGAGGCAAAGUAUGCGUCUACAAGAUCACAGUUCGGCAAAAACGAUAGUCUCCUUCAAUUACGAAAGAAGGAUCCUGUAGGAGGCGAGCUGCCAAAACCAGUGUCGGUAAACAGGAAGCAACCAAGUCGAUUGGGGCAUCUCAAUGAGACCUCGCUGCCCGAAUAUGGCUAUUCUUAUGGGUUCAGCACUGAUGAGCCGGAGAAUAUUCCCAUAUACUUGAGGUCGACGAUCGAGAAGUACCCGUAUGGGAACGUUCACAUGAGUCUUCGCUUUGGCCCUCUAAUCAUCGAGAAUGGCGUCGCAAAUACCAUGGGUGGCGUCCUUGUCACCAGUCGAGAUCCGCCUUCAUUACAAGUUAUCCGUGAUCCCUCCGAAAACAUCACCAAAUCCCUUCUUCUCACAGGCGAGAGAGAUCGCCUUCUCUACAUCCAGGAUAGACCACGACACCCAAAGCGAUAUAAAGCCUUCAUGAAGCAAGUCGUCGGGGGGGCCUUUUGCGACUUCUUCGAGUCCGGGAUUGAGGAUGAGCUUAUCGACGCCUUCAUACACGAAUCCAAUUGUCUGGCCCAAGACGGAUUGACUUUUGCAGAGCAAGAAACUAUGCUUGAACAGGGCACCAAACGUCUGCUUCUACACGUCAAAGAAUACCUCGCAUCGAGGGUGCAGGCGUAUAUCUCGAGAAUCACUGCUCAUCUUCUCGAUCCAGAGGUCCAGCUCAAAUGGCAUUACCGCGACAACAAUUGCCAGGCAUUCUGUGACAAAUUGAUUGACCGCGACAUAUUCGGUCCUCUCUUUGCCUCCAAGGCGACGGUAGGCCAACCAAUGCCACUGUACUUGAUGAGCUUUGUAUGUCGACCCGGCUCACAUGUUCCUACACGGGCAUUCUCGAAAUACGACGUUCCAAAUGGUCUGACAGAAGAAUACCUCCUCAAGUUUCGCUAUGGACGCCACGAUGACUCUGACAUUGUCGAUACACUCGCCGAAUACUGGACAGAUUGGGCUUGCCUGGAAGGACCAAUUUAUCCAUACCAGGAUGUCUUUCCAUGGGAUUGUACCGAAGCAUAUGAUCGGUAUCCCGGGAACUGUGGCGACUGCAACAUUGGAAAACAUGUUCUCGCAUUCCCAUUUGACUCUUGGUCCAUCGCGUCUCUGCAUCUUGCCCGAGGCCGGCAAUUGUAUCCCGCCAAUACACAGCCUUCGAUCGGCAAGUCAGCAGAGAAGCGAGCAAACCCAGGCAUCAUGACAGAUACGGAGUGGUUCAAGAACCGCAUCACAGUGCUACUCGGCCAAGAUGUCCUCCUCACGACUGCGGUUGCCAUGGCAAAAUCUAGUCAAUUCCAAGCAUCAACAACAUGGCUCACCAACCAUGAGGACGAGACCAUGGAUAGACUCAAGCUCGGCGGUAUCCAUCGCGCACAACCAUUCAGUCACCACUUUGAGAAAGGCGCUUACCAUCAAUACUUUGUUGCCGACUGGGCCUUCCUCGCUCAGCCCUUACGACUUGUCGAGUAUGAGAAGUUUCGGGAUUGGAGAGCAACUAAGAUCGAUGUGGGUGCAAACACGUCUAAAGACGGCGGCGGAGGAGGAUGCGGUGCAGGUCCUUUCGCUUGUGGCGCGAUAGCAGCGGGAUGUGCAGCAGGAUCUCCAGGAAUGGCUGGUGAUACCUGUGGAAGUGGGUGCGUGUCAAGUUGUGGUGGCGGUGAUGGUGGCGAUGGAGGAUGUGGUGGUUGUGGAGGAUGA